AUGGCAUCCGAUGGCGUGAUUUCCCCUGCACGUGGCGAUGGCGUCUCUCGUGUCAAUUCGAGGACGUCUGUCCCUAUGUUUCCUGCAAUUGAGAAGCUGGAAGGCAGCAAGAACUACUUGGCGUGGAAAUUUGCUAUACGUAUGGUCUUAAUACUAGAAGGCUUGUGGGAUUGUGUUACUGCGAAUGUGGUCACAGACGCUGCGCGCGAUCAACGUGCGCUGGCGCGCAUAGCUUUAAGUGUUAAAACGAGCCUUUACCAGCAUAUUCGCAACGCAGCUACUGCUAAAGAAGCGUGGGAUAGCCUUUCGGAUAUAUUUGAAGAUAAGGGACUAUUGCUGCAACAGCUAGCCGAUAUUGGGCGAAAGAUAGAAGAUGAAGAAAUAGCUGAAUUGUUACUAAGCGGUCUACCUCAGGAAUACGACUCGCUUGUGUCUAAUCUGUCAACGUUCACAUUAACAACAAGAAUUUCUAGUGAAGUAGUGAGAACUCGCCUACUACAAGAAGAUUUGCGGAGAAACAAUUCUAAUUCUCAUAAUAUAUCUGAAGCUGCUUAUAUUUCAAAACGCAAAGUGAAAUGUGACUAUUGUCAUAAAGAAAAUCAUGUGAAAGCAAAAUGUUUUAAGUUAAAGCGUGACAAAAAGUUAAAAAACAGUACUAAUGCAACCUCAUCAACAGUGUCAGUUGCUAACAAUGAGACUAUGAUAUGUGAAGGUGUCGGGACUGUGAAUAUUCAAUGUAAUCAUAAGAUUCGUGGGAUACUGGCAGCGAGCACAACUCCUCUGUCGAGUGUUCGG